AUGCGCGACGUCGCCGAGGCCGACGACGCGCCGCCGAGGCCGUGGCGACCGGACGACGACGGCGCGGGCGGUGAUGACGCGCGCGCGGACGUCGACGACCCGGACGAGUGGUUGCGCGGACAACUCGCGGGCAUGCCCAUCGAGAAGGAUUACCCAGAGCUCGUCGACGCCGCCGUGCGGUGCAUGGGCGAGUGGAAGAAGCGCAUGCCGAAGAGCGUGUGGUUGCGCGUGACGAAAUCGGGAAGGUUAGCGAAGGAACUGAACGAGUCCGCGCCGGUGCUGGCGAAAACGAUGGAGUACGUGCGGGAUAUAGAUGUGCGGACGCCGAGCGAACGCGUCGUCGUCGUGGACUUGUGCUCGGGAUUCGGAUACCUGGCGAUGUUUCUUUCUGAGAUUUUGCCAAAGGAGAAAGUGGCGGAGAUCGUGCUGGUUGAUAAGAUGUGGAGCAUGAUGAACCGGACACCUAAGCCGCAUCACAUCUCGUGGAGUCACAUUUACGGUGAAGGCGAUUGGAAGUACGAUUGGCCAAUUGAACUGUCGACGCGAAAAGUUGAUUUAAAGGAUUACGCCCAGGUGAAUCAGAUGAGCGUGCACUUGUUCUCACGUUGGAACGGACCGUUCAUCGUGCUUGGAAUCCAUCUGUGCGGUACGCUUUCCAUCAAAGCGGUGGAAAUGUUCAACAAAAACUCCAACGUGAAGCACUUGAUUUUGAAGCCCUGUUGUCUUCCCGAUUGGUCGUGGACGUACCGCGCCGAAAGCGGAUACUUCCCGCCCGUGGGCGCGCAUAAACACUUGAUCCCGACGAAGGCGGUGUGUAGCAAAGGGAAAUGGAAGAAAAACAAAUGGAUUGGCCCACCGCGAUCGCAUUUGAAGAUAAAGUUUGAGUCCUGGAACGAUCACUUGUGUCGAUCGAUCAACGACGAAGACGGCAAUAUUUCGACAAGCUUGCAGGAAAUUCAGGUGCAAGCGAGCCACUUUCAAAACCUCUUCAUAUUCGGCGAUCGCCAGCGUAUCCGAAAGUGCCACGUCCGCGAGGCAACGGGCGUCGAAUUUCCGACGCCAAGCGGCGUCGACGCCAAACGCUGGUCUCCGACGGGAACCGGCUACGGCACGCACACACGAACGCUAGCGAACUAG